AUGUAUUGGGGUACAAAUUGGGCCACUCACGGUAUAUAUUCUAAUACUGAUGCAAUAGCAGAAUAUCGAGAAAUUGUAGGACAUUUAUUAAAGAUAUGGACUGUUGUAAUUUGCUGUGAAGAUAGUGAUACUGAAGAGGUGGGUGACAUUCUCGGAGUAUCUGGAGUAGAGAUGGUUGAAGAUAAAGCGCUUGACGGAUUACAGGUCAAGACCAAAGAAUUUCAAAAUUUAAUAACAAUAAUGCUGGAGUGCGAGAAAUUAGUGAAACCACUAAUGAAAGAAUUUAUAAACCAUCAUGAUGGAAGAGGAAUCACUGUUCAUCCCGACUAUAGAGGUCUUGGUAUCGCAAGUGAAUUUGUAAAGACAAGAAGACAAAUGAUAAACGAACAAAAUGUUCCGAUGUCUUGUGCGUGGAUGACGUCAUACGGUUCUCAAAAAGCAGCAGAGAAAGACAACUGGGAGACGUUGUUCGAGAUAACGCCUGAUGAACUAGGAGAAAAGUGUGGAGUUGUCUUCAAAGAUCCACCUAAAACGUUCAAAUUAAUGCUUGUAAGAAAGAGUUCUGAGCAGUUAUAA